UCAACUCCACGACCCGGACAGUUUGUCCAAAAUGUCGAAUGAAAAAUAUAAAACACGUACGGGGUGGAAAGAUGUGCAGCAAGUUUCAAGCCUUCCGCUGCAGAUUUUCUUGUUCGUGAAUGUGUAUGUCUCGGCAAUUUGGUUGGUGGUCCACGGGAAUUACGUGUACGAAAUGGUGAAUACCUUUGGAAUGAUUCAACGAACUCUUACAAUCAUGGCUAGCGUCAUAGCUAUGCCAGGCGAAGUAUUGCGAUUGUACUUGGGAUAUUCAGGAAAUUUGGGAGGAAAGAUAUCGGAUUUGGCAGGCUUUUGGAUUCUCUCGACACUCGUUCAACUUCCCAUCCAACUUUACUUUACUUUAACGGCAGCGGAUGAUUGGAUCCUCAUCGUGUAUCUACAGUAUCUCCUCGUUUGUCUCCUGUUGUUUGAAAUUCCAACCGGUGGCUAUGCAUCGAACAAAUUAUCUAAGCAUCAAUCUCAGCAAUAUCGCAUCCAGUUAAUUGGUAAAAUGCAUAAAAACUCUUAAAAGAUACUACGUAAAUUAUCACACA